AAUCAGUCUAAAUAGUUACCAGUGAUACAGUUUACAUGCUUUUUCUCGUAUGAGUCUUCAAAGCCAGUGUGUGUCUUGCAUGCAGUGCCCCUCCAUCCAGUUGUGUCGUGUUCACUGCAGAUAUUUGUUCUGUAUUUAAAUUUCAUAAAGUUUAUCAUUUGAGAAGUAUAUUCACACACCCCAGUUGUUCUGAACAUACCUUAAAGUUUUACAGUAGCUGAAAUGAAUCCAUUUUCAAUUUUAGUUUAAAAAUAAAUUUUAAUUUGGUAAUUUUCAUAUUUUAAUAAUAAACUCACAGAAAUAAUGUAAAAUCAAACACUCUGUUUCUUAGUUGCAUGAGCCUUGUUUCCAGGGCAUACUUGUCACACUGGCUGGUGGCAUGCCUGCGGUUCUUAUAGAGACUCCAGGGUCACCCAGAAGGCCAAUGAGCCUCUUGACCUCUGUUCUCCUGCAGCCCCACCUUCCCGGCUUGCUGCCCCUCCCCAGGUGAGGACUCUUGGAGGGGAAAAAAGGAUACCUGCUGCAGGAGGAAAGGCCAAGGCCAAGGUAAGCAGCCCUUUCUCUUCCUUUGGAAAGGUUUGUCUUGUGAGCUGUGGACCAUUUACUUUUCCUCCAGGGACACUUCCUGCCCAGUAGAGUCAUAACCAAGACCUGAUCCCCAAGUUCCUCCCAUCACCACAGAGGGUGGGAGCUGAGAAGGGCCCACUCUCCUUUUUUCUCAGUGUGCACAUGACCACUCCCCUGUUGGUUCAGCACCUCAAGGGUCUCUGCUAGCAUCAUUGGGAGAAAUGCCCUCCCCACAGGGAAGGUGACAGCCCCCGAUUUCCUAUGAUGGAGGUGCCUGCCCAGGCUGGACCUGCUGAGGCACAGGUGGACUCUGUUGCUCUCCAGAGCUAAGCUACUAAUGUUGUUUUGUUUCUAUGUAAUACGCUUUUUAUACAACGCAGUCUUACAUAUCAUGCUGCGUUGUGUUGCAUUGAUGUUAAUGUACCUGCCCCUUCUGGUCUCAGCACCCCCAGAUGUGUCCCACAUAGCUCCCUGGCCCUGUCUCUCCUGUGUUUGAGACAAGUCCUCUGUCUGCUGCAGGCAUGUGGGAACUCAAGCCUACCAUGACAGGAUGGGGGUUUUCCAUUUCAGGCACCAGUGAUGUUUGGGGACUUGACCGUCUACUUCUCCCUGAAGGAGUGGGAGGGGCUGAGCCCCAUAUAGAAGGAUCUGUACAGAGACGUCACACUGGAGAACUACCAGCACCUGGUCUCUCUCCGUAAGGACUUUUCUUAUCAGAGGCCAAAUGUGACCACCUUGUUGGAGAAGGGGAUAGCGUCCUGGAUGGAGCCAGUGAGAAGACGCAGGGGCCUGGACUCAGAGUUUAAAUGCAAGACCAAGAAGUUACGUCCAAAUUACAACAAACCUAAGCAAUGCAUCUAUCAGAAACCAUUUUCUGUAGCAUGAAAAGGUCCCCCAGGAAAGAGAGGCUGCAAGAAAAAUUCAGUCCUAAUAAAACCCAAGAAAGUGCAUCCAGGGAAGAAUUCUUUAAAAUAUAAUGACAGUGGGAAAAUCUUUAGUCAAAGUUUAUGUUUUAAACUCCAUCAGAAUUCUCAUACUGAAGAGAAGCCUUAUGAAUAUAGUAAUUGUAGAAAAGCCUACGGACAGGACUCAGCCCUCAUCCUUCAUCAGAGAAUUCACAGUGGAAGGAAAAGCCAUGAAUGUGGUAAGUGUGGGGAAAGCUUCAUUCAAAGAAUAACCAUGAAUGUCCAUGAGAAAAUGCAUGAUGGAAAGUAAACCUUUGGCUGUGGGAAGGCCUUCAGUCAGUGCCCAUCCCUCAGUCUACAUCAGAAAAUCCACCUUGUGGAGAAUACCCCCUGGUGCAGAAAGUGUGGGAAAGCCUUCAUUCAAAGGUCAUCUCUUUUACUUCAUAGGAAGACUCAAAAUGGAAAGACAAUAUGUAAAUGCAGUAAAUGUGCAAGAGGCUUCAGUAAGAGGUCAGUCCUUAUUGUACAUAAAAGAAUUCACACUGGAGAGAAAACCCAUGAGAGUGAGAGGGCCUUAAGUCAGCAGGGAAGUUACCUUUUAGAGAACCCCUAUAAAUGUAGAAAAUGCAGAAAAUCCUUUAAUAGGAUUUCAUCCAUUAUGCUUCAUCAGAGAAUUCAUGCUUCAGAAAAACCUUACAUAUGUGAUGAAUGUCAGAAUGUCUUCAGGUGGCUUUCAGCCCUUAUUCUACAUCUAAAAAUUCAUAAUGGAGAGAAACUGUACAGAUGCAACAAAUGUGGGAAGGUCUAUAAUUGGCACUCAUCCCUUCUUCAACACCAGAAAGUUCAUACAAGGAAAAGGAAACUGUUUGAAUGUCAGGAAUAUGGGAAGAUGUUUUCUGAAACUACCAACCUUAAAAUUCAUCAGAACAUUCAUUCUGAAGAGAAACCUUUCAAAUGCAAUAAAUGUGGUAAAGUGUUUGGCUUCCAGUCAUUUCUUAUUAAACAUCAGAGAAUUCAUACUGGAGAAAAACCCUACCAAUGCGAAGAAUGUGGGAAGGCCUUUGGCCAUCGAAUAUCUCUUACUCAACAUAAGAGAAUUUAUACUGAAGACAGACCAUAUCAAUGUGAUCAGUGUGGAAAGGCCUUCAGCCAGAGUGCACACCUCGCCCAACAUGAAAGAAUUCACAGUGGAAAGAAACCAUACACGUGUAAAACAUGCGGGAAGGGCUUUAGUCAACGCACAUCCCUUAUUCUAUAUGAAAGAAGUCAUACUGGAGUAAAACUCUAUGAAUGUAACCAGUGUGGGAAGGCCUUCAGCAGUGGCUGGGACCUUAUCCGACAUCAGAGAAGUCAUUCUUCAGAGAAACCCUAUGCAUGUAGUAAAUGUGGGAAGACAUAUAGUUGGAGCUCAUUCCUGAUUCGACAUCAAAGUACCCAUUCAGCACAAAAAGCCUAAUAUUGUUAUAAAAGCAAAGACUGAGGCUCAAAGUAGCAGUGACAGAGGCAUGAGGAAAAGACAUUUGUCUCUAACAAAAAUUUUGCAAAAAUGGGAUCAUUUGAUGAUGCAUCCCACUUUGAAAGCCAAACAACAAAAGUCCUUGGUGAUUUUGACCUGAGAAUUUGAAAUUAACUGAGGCAGUGACCUAAUCAUAGGUCUUAAUCAAGCUCAGAUGAUUGGAUCCUUCGUUUUCCAUAAAGAUUCUUUAUUUGAUAAGAAUCACUGAUGGCUUUUUUUCCAAUGUAGUUUUAAAGCUAUUUUGUUGGUCAUAUACAACAAGGUAGAAUUGUAAAGUCCAUUUUUGUGGGUGGGGCUUUGAACCUGAUUUAAUGUCAUGUGAAGAAAGAGUUUAGGGUUUGUUCCUUAGAACUAGAACUAUCACAUAUAAGGGACUUCCUGGAAAACUAGGAUGUCACUUUCAGCUGACAGAAAUUUGUGGGUGAUAAUACAGAAGAGUGAAUUCUUGAAUGGGUAAAAAUGACACAAUUGUGUGGGACAAAGAGACAUCACGAUACUAUCUCCAUAGAUGGGAAAUUUUAUGACCUUUGUGAUGUGAAAAACCUAACAAGCCUGACAGGGUAAUGGUGAAGGGGGUGCGGGGAGUGGGAGUAAGGUGGAAACAGGAUACACUGAAGACCAAGGAACUGCCGAGCAGAAAUUAUUUGUUUUAUUUAAAAAU